AUGAAGGCCUUCCAGCACCUCACUCUCCUCAUCACCCUCGCCGCUGGGGGUGUGCUUGCCCUGCCCUCCGUGGCUGAGGAUGUAACUGGACUCACGACCAUCACCAGCGGGACCGACGUCUUCACGGGUUAUAACGUUGAGAACGAGUCCGGCAUCGAAGCACGCUGCUCCGGAACCCGCCUCCCUAAGUCCGACUGCGACCCGGGCAAAUGCCAGUGCGCUGGCAACUACGGGUGCUGGGGCUGCAACGGUGGACGCGUGCAGUGCCAGCCUGGCCCCGGCUCGGGCGUCUGCUGGACUUGA